UGACAUUUGUUUUUGACGGACUCUCGGGUGUAGCACCACUGGUCCCAUCUUGAGAGAGAAGGGAGUGCAAAGCAAACCGUCCAUAUUACCGCUGCUUUGUCAGCACUUUUCAAGGUGAUGGACCCUCCUGGUGGGGGAGACGAACGCCGGAGGCAAGCAGAGCGUCUUCGUCGGGAGGAGGCUUACUAUCACUUCAUUAAUGAAUUGAGUGAAGAGGAGUACCGCCUCAUGAGGGACAGCAACCUGCUUGGCACCCCUGGGGAGGUGACUGCCGAGGAGCUUCGGCAACGUCUUGAUGGAGCAAAAGAGCGAAUGUCUUCUCAGCCUCGGACCGAGCUGCGCGCGCAAGCCGCCGAUUCUGGAGAGCAGCAGGGCGGCAGCGGCGAGUCCGAGGAGAGAGGGGCCGGAGGCAGACGAGUAGCAGGGGCCGCAGAGCCUGGAGCCGAACCAUCUAAUGGUGACUCAUUAUUGGAGUGGCUGAACACUUUUAGACGCACUGGUAAUGCCACUCGCAGUGGUCAAAGUGGCAACCAGACAUGGCGUGCUGUCAGCCGGACCAACCCCAACAGUGGAGAGUUUCGCUUUAGCCUGGAGAUCAACAUUAACCAUGAUCAGCCAGAGCCGGGGGAACAUAAUGACACUGUGGACCCCGCAGAGCUGCCGGUGGCUGCCCCGAGCAUUACCUCACCUUCCAUUCGCACUGCUUCCUCAUUCUCCAACCCCCGCUCCUCAACCACGCCACGGCCAGUCCCGUACCCCACCCCUCGCCCCGCCCUCAUUAGGAGGAUGCAGACACGCCGUACACGCAGUAGCACUACCAGUCUUUUUAUGAGCCCCCCUGCACUUCCUGCACCCGUGGCCUCCCCACCCGCUGCUGAUAGAAGUGCCACAUUGCACUCUUUAGCCCCCACUCCUACUGUUUCCAACCCACCUCUUGAUCAAACGACACCGUUGCAACCUCAAGCCCUGAAUGCAGAAGUAGUGCAGGGCAGUGAUGAUAUUUCUGCUUCUUUAGACUGCCCCCGUGUGUCCCUGCAGUCUGCAUCCCAGGCCCCUGCGGCAGAACACGAAUUGCGCGGCAGGAGGACUCGAUCACGUGGUCGUGCACGCAGGGCUGCCGUCGGGGGCGGGGUUUCAUCCCGCUUGUCAAGGCGCAGUCGUUCCCCCUUGCACAGAAUACCUGUGGCCAGUACCACUCCACCGUCAAGUAGUGGUGUCAGUGGCUCCAGCAUCCCCCCUAUUGAGCCAGGCAGUGGCACAAGCUCUGUUUCCGUGGAGACGGUGGAGGCUGUGGCAGAACCUGCAGCUCUAACGGAGCCCGCAGUAGAGUCAGGAGAGCGCGAUAGUGAAUCACACGCAGUGGGAGCAGGAAGUUCGGCGGUGCGACGGCACCCAACUAUCAUGUUGGACCUGCAAGUGAGAAGGAUCCGACCCGGCGAAAACCGCGAUCGGGACAGCAUCGCCAGCCGAACGCGUUCUCGCGCCCGGGUAGCUGAGAAUACGGUCACCUUUGAAAGUGACAGUGGUGGAUUUAGACGCACCAUCUCCCGCUCUGAGCGAGCUGGGAUCCGCACCUAUGUGAGCACUAUCCGGAUUCCACUGCGACGUAUCAGUGAGACGGGCCUGGGCGAGCCCAACUCCACCGCCCUGCGUUCUAUUUUGCGCCAGAUCAUGACUGGAUUCGGGGAGCUCAGCUCCCUGAUGGAGACCGAGGCUGAUUCAGAGACUGUUGCACCUAGCCACACAGAUGCUGGUGUUACAAAUAGUAGCACCAGCCCAGCCAGUCGUCUACAUACAAGCGAGACCGAAGCUGGCCAAGUAGGCGCCAGCAGGGUAGAUCAGGAGAGGGCGGGGCUGGUGGGCGGUGAGGAGGACCAGGUAGGGCAGGCCAGGGUCGGAGGAGCGGUGGUGAGCAGCACAGAGGCACGGCCCACCAGCAGAGACACCAACAACCUGGUAGAAAACGGUACUCUACCCAUCCUCCGGUUGGCCCACUUCUUCCUGCUCAAUGACGAGGAGGAUGAUGAACACCCGAGGGGGCUCACCAAAGAGCAGAUUGACAAUCUAUCCACACGUACCUAUGGCCAAGCCAGUCUAGAGGGAGAGAUAGGUCGCGCAUGCAGUGUUUGCAUCAAUGAGUAUGCCCAGGGCAACAAGCUGCGCCGCCUGCCCUGCUCCCAUGAAUUCCACAUUCACUGCAUUGACCGCUGGCUCUCUGAAAACAACACCUGUCCCAUCUGCAGGCAGCCCAUACUUGCAGUGCACCAUGACUGAUUUGCUCUCAAACGCAACUAUUAAGUUCCUGGCUGGCUGAACUGAGCAGACCCAAGUGGGCUUUGCAUGUACAUGGCGCUUUCAUGGUUUGAUUUUUUUUUUUUUUUGUUGAAAAUAUCCAUAUUGACAAAGUUGAAGAAGGUUGAACCAAAAGUGCAGAAAAGAAGAAACUAUAAAUGCAGAGAAUUUACAAAACUUUAUUUUUUUAGACUCUUUUCAGCAACUUAUUCUUGUUUUAUUGUUUUUGCCAUCUCCCGUUUCACUGGUCUCCGUCACAUAGCUUAAGAGGCCCAUGUCAAUGGAUGAUAUUAAUGCUUAGGGAUCUCCUGAAGUCGCUGCUGACACUUUAACUCUUUAAUGUCUGAUACAUGUGACCUCUCCUUGUCACAACCGGUCCACACAAAUCACUUGACCUGCUUCAUUCAGUAUAAGCUGUAAAUAACUCACCACUGCUUGUAUUUUUAUAAUUUUGAUCCAAGCAGUUCCUCACAUGCAAUGUGUUUAGAAUAGAAGCAGGGAACAUCAUUUUUCACAUUCACCAUUUUAACGCUUUGACAUUUUAAAGUGUCCAUCGGCAGUGGGAUAUAAAAUUUCUAAUUUAUCAGGAUGUGUGUAUGAUGUAUGUAUUUAAUUUUGAAAUAAGUUUUAUUCUGUGUGCCCGGUAGUAUUUGUUUAAGCUCUUUCCAUGCAUACACUUCUGUAUAAUUGCAAUGCAGGAUUAAUCUUUAAAAGUCACUGACUAAAAUCAGCCACUUUCAAACCAUAAACAUCAGCCAUAUCAGCAGCACACUUCUAAUUAAACGUAGAAGAAAUCUGAUAAUCAGGAAUUCAGUGAUGUCAUUUAGGAUGAGUUGUGCAAUACGGAGAGAAAUAACAGUAUUGAUUUUGCUGUUUAUUGUUGUUUACAUUGUAAUGCCUGAUUAUCAUCUCCACUUAAAACAGUGUUGUUUACCUUAAAAUCAAAGUUUCCUGGGUUCCCUGGGUUGCUGUUGCUAUUGCGGAUACACACCUGAGAGACGCCGAGGGACUUGUCUCGUUGCGUACUGAGCCCGAUACGUCUGCAGACCAGGACCUGGAGCCUAGAUCUGAAGAAUACAAAUUGAUUUUCUGGAGUUUUACAAACUGCAUCUCCCAAGUCAUCUUCACGAGAUAAUUGACACAGUGGUCACUCAAAAACUACAAUUUUAAGAUUAUGUUAACACACCUUUAUUGUCCGUCACUGUGCAUCUCUGUUCCAGACCAAGACAUGAAUGAGGCAGUUAGUAACAUGAUAUUCCUGUAUGAGCGUUAUUGUUUUUCUUCAUGUCACAUGUGAAGAUGUGGAAAUUUCCAGUGUAGCACAGGUGACUUUACCACCUAGUCAGUGUGUUGCCACUAGGGUCGAUUUUAAACACCAUCAACAGUCCACAGGCGCUGCUACACCUCUGCAGAUAACAUGUCACUAAUAAAACUGCAGGAAUGACGUAGUGAGAGUGGAGAGAGUUUGUAUGGCUUAAUUGUGCGUGUGUGUGUUUGUGUGCAUGUAAGUUUGUGUGUGUGCUGAAGUAAAGGUCCAGUGUUUCAGUGAACCUGGUUCUCAGAAGGCUUUUGUUCAAUUUAUGUCCAGCUUGGAGACUUGGAGAGGGUUGAGCUCAGAAGUGAAUAUUUAUUCUGUUUCUAUUUAAUAAUAUGGAAAAAUCAAUUUUUGGAAAUAUGUAUUAUGUUACAAUGUGAUGAGAGUUAACAAUUAAGAUAAAUAUGUUACUAUGUAAUAAAUUGAAGACAUGA